AUGUCAAGCUUCAAGGAAACAACUGCAAACCUUUCUGCCUGCGAUGAUGAUGCCACAAUCUGCACCGGUGCUAACUGCCUUGCGCCAACCACUGACUUAAAUGCAAAAUUGAAUCUGGCAUUAAGUAUUGUUUUCACUGUCAUGCAAGCGAUGAUCAUGCUUGCCAUGGGCUGCUCUAUGAAUGCCCAUAAACUUUGGGGGCACCUGAAGAGACCCUGGGGCAUCGUUAUUGGUUUUCUCUGCCAAUUCGGCAUAAUGCCUUUUACUGCCUUUGCAUUAUCAUUUGCAUUUAAUGUGCUACCUGUUCAGGCAAUUGCUAUCAAUAUUCUGGGUUGCUGUCCUGGAGGCGCCAUUUCCAAUAUUAUCUGUCGCUUGCUUGAUGGAGACAUGGACCUAAGUGUUACUAUGACAGCCUGUUCCACCACACUGUCCAUGGGAAUGAUGCCACUAUGUCUUUUCAUAUACACCUCCAUCUGGACUUCGGCAGACGCCAUCCAAAUUCCAUAUGAUACAAUUGGUGUCACUCUUGUAGCCUUCAUUGUUCCAGUCACUGUUGGACUGUGCAUUAAACAUAGAUGGCCCCACUAUGCUAAAAAGAUCCUCAAGUUUGGAACCAUUGCAGGUGUUGUUUUCCUUGUCAUCAUUUCUGUGGUUGGGCUGAUUCUUUACCAGUCUUCCUGGAGCAAUGGCCCCUACCUUUGGAUAAUCGGAACAAUCUACCCCUUUAUUGGCUUUGGGAUGAGUUUCCUUUUGGCUUACUUUGUGGGUCAACCAUGGCACAGGUGCCGAACAAUUGCUGUGGAGACUGGUAUUCAGAACAGUCUGUUGUGUAACACAAUUAUUCAGUUGUCCUUUGGACCAGCUGAAAAGGAAGCCAUGUUUGCAUUCCCAGUCAUCUACAGCAUCUUUCAGCUCGUGGCAUCUGUCCUGUUUGUGGGAGGAUACCACACCUAUAAAAAGUCACAUUGUCUACAACCAGCUGAAAUAGAGGGUCAAUCUCCAUCAUUGGAAGGUGGUUAUAUUGAACAUACAAAAUAG